AUGGUUGGUGGACCUUCAAGGCAGGUGGCAGGGCAAGGAGACUCGUUGACCAUCCCGAUAAGAGGGGGCAACCUGCAGCCUCCUGUCUGUGUGGCGCUUCUGGGUCACCCUGGCAGACAAGAGGGCAGCCUGGGCCCUCCUCCACUCUCUGCGGCAAUGGUGGACCAUCUGUUAGUCAAGUUUCCACACUUUCUCCUGAUCUUCACAGCUGUGUGUGGUGUAUCUUCAUACGUUCCUCAUCGGUAUCACUUUGUGAAUGAGAAUAAAACCUGGACUGAAGCUCAGAGCUACUGCAGAAAGACCUACACUGAUCUGGCCACCAUCAACAACAUGGACGAGAUGAAGAAGCUGAAUGAGACUCUGAAGGAUAAAACUGUCGGUGAUGUUUGGAUUGGUCUGAACAGAGGGAACACUGGGAAAUGGCGGUGGUCUCCAGAUGAGCUGAUCUUGAUCCAGCAGAAUCUGAGCUGGAAAGGAGCUCUGAGAUACUGCAGAGAGAAUCAUGUGGACCUGGUCUCAGUUCACUCUGAGGAGAUCCAGCUCUGGGUGAAGGAUGUGGCUCAGAAAGCCUCCACUGAUCAUGUGUGGCUGGGUCUGCGUCACACCUGCACUCAGGGAUUCUGGUUCUGGACGAGUGGGUUUACCAUCUGCUAUGAGAACUGGGCUCCAGGUAACGGUGCAGAGGGAGAACACUGUGAGCCUAUAGAGAGAACCGGAGCGGUGCAGGCUAGAGGAGAUCAGAAGUGGGUCAGCCUGCCUGAGAACCAGAAUCUGAACUUCAUCUGCAUAAGAUAUGAGGGUUAG